CACCGAGGAUCCUCUGACGUCAUAUUUCUGCGUUCACACAAGCCGUGUCGUUGUUGAAGAAAACAAAUGCUCAAGAUCCAUUCUUUAAUUUUUUAAGUUUGACUUAACUAGUUUAUAAGGACAGAUCUCACGGAGGCGCUCAGGAUGGCGUUAAAAUCUGGAGAAGAGCGCCUGAAGGAGAUGGAGGCAGAGAUGGCACUGUUUGAGCAGGAGGUGCUGGGAGGACCUGUGGCCGUCUCUGCCGGUGGCCCUGCUGUGGUUGAAGGUCUGCCUGUCGCUCUGGCAGUUUCAGCUGUACCCAUGAUCAGGCCCAUUAUUGGUACAAACACUUACAGAGAGGUCCAGCAGAGUUUGGAAGCAAGAGCUGCUACUUUUGUUGGUCCUCCACCUACAUUCGUUGGCCCUGCCAUGCCACCAGUGCCUGCGCCUCCAAUGAUGCGUCCUGCUUUCGUCCCACAUGUCCUACAGAGACCAGUUGGUCAGAGAAUGCCACUAAUGCGUGGGCCACCUCCUCAGGGCAUGAUUGCACCUCCUCUUCCCAGACCUCCACCUCCUCCACCUAUGAUGAUGGCUCCACCCAUGCCAGGACCUCCUCAGCCCCCCAUGGCGCCAAUCGGGCCACCCAUGGGACCCAUGCCACCGCUUGGAAACAUGAACCCUAUGACACCACCUGGACCACCACGGCCCGUAGCCCAUGCACCUCCAAAAAUGACUCCUAGUAUUAUACAGGCGGCUCCCACUGUUUACACAGCACCUCCGGCCCCUAAGAGAAUGGAUAUGAAGAGCCAAAAACAAGCUCGCAUGGAGGAGCUGUCGGCUCUGGUAGCAGAGCAGCAGGCUGUGGUGAUGUCCGCUGGGCUGCUGGACAUGAAGAAGGAGGCGGUUUCAGAUGACAGCAAGAUUGGGCCGAGCAUGCCAGAACCCGAGCCUGCACAUGUAGAGCCUCCUGAUACCAGCACAGAAGAUAAGAAGAGAACGAAACAAGAAAAAGUAAAGAAAUGCAUCCGGGUUGCGGCAGGCGUCACAUGGGAAGACACCAGCCUGUUAGAGUGGGAAACAGAUGAUUUCCGGAUAUUUUGUGGAGAUCUAGGAAAUGAAGUAAACGAUGACAUCUUGGCAAGAGCAUUUAGCCGCUAUCCGUCCUUCCUGAAGGCGAAGGUGAUUCGAGAUAAACGCACAGGGAAGACGAAGGGUUACGGCUUCGUGAGUUUUAAAGAUCCCAAUGAUUACGUGCGUGCCAUGAGAGAGAUGAACGGGAAAUAUGUGGGCAGCAGACCCAUCAAACUGAGAAAGAGCUCAUGGAAGGAUCGUAAUAUGGAAGUUGUGCGUAAAAAACAAAAGGAGAAAAAGAAGUUGGGACUGAGAUAAUCCAUGCGCAACAAAACUGUAGACUUUGUGUGUGUGUGUCAACGCAACCGACCUAGGAGAAAUAUAAGAGAGUAGGAGUGAGUCACAGUCCUGCAUGAUGGCAUUGCUGCAAAUAAACAGCAUCAGUUUUCCAUACGACCUGAAAUAGACAUUUAUUUCAAAGUUGAUUAUUAUGCACUGAACUCUUCCUCUAUACGGUGCAUUUUUUUCUCUUCUCCAAAAAAGAUUUUCAGAUGUAUAACUGGUUUGUAUGUUGAAAAUGUUGGUUUUGUAUUCUUCCUCUUUUUUUUUUUAAUCUCUUUUCAGCAAGCAGCACACAUUAAAGUUUAGGAAGA